CGGCAUCAUUCUCAUCUGACCGAGACAGCAACUCACAGCAAACAAGGCAAUGGCUCGCAUGUUCAAGAUUGCUCUGUGCGCAGCGCUCGUGAUGGCCGCUAUCGCCGCACCUGUCGCCGAAGACAGCAAAGCUUCAAAGGAAGCCUCAGUGAUCGCAAAAUCUUCGGAAAAGGCCACUGAGAGCGUCGAUGGAAAGAUCUUUCCCGGAGCCGGAAUCGGCUUCGGACAAGGUCUCGGACAGGGUCUUGGAUACGGUGGACUCGGGGGAUUCGGAUACGGUGGUUACGGUGGAGGAUACGGCGGUGCGAACUACGGAAACUUCGGCUCCUUCCGGCAAAGCGGAUCCUACGGGAACUACGGCGGUUUCGGCCAGGGUGGUUACGGCGGUGCCGGCGGACUGGGAUACGGCGGUGCCGGUGGAUUAGGAUACGGCGGCUACGGUCAGGGAGUCGGUCUCUACGGCUGAGCUCCUGUCUCAAUCUCACCAAGAGAACUCGUUGAAUCUGUGAUACAUCUGAAUCAAAUCGUGCUCAAGCGAAGUCAUCUUUCUUUAAUAAAUUGAGAGCCAUGAGCUUCCAAAAGAU